AUGUCAGAUGUGAAAAGGCGAAAACUCAGUCAUGACGGUCCACGACCUACGAAGAAGUCCAAGAAGAGUAGCCGCGAAGACGCCGCCAUAAUCCAGCCAAGAACGAUUGCGACGGAACCUGAUCUAGCAGAAGAAGAAGGCGAGACGCAAGAUGCGGUGGUGGACAAGACCUUUGCAGACUUGGGUGUGACCGAGUCACUAUGCGACGCAUGUACAAAUCUCGGGUUCAAGGCUCCCACAGCGAUUCAGGCCGAGUCAAUACCCAUAGCACUCAGCGGCAAAGACAUCAUAGGUUUAGCAGAGACUGGAAGCGGCAAGACGGCUGCCUUCGCUUUGCCCAUACUACAGGCUUUGCUGGACAAGCCACAGCCUAUGUUCGGACUUGUCAUGGCGCCGACACGAGAACUUGCGUAUCAAAUCUGUCAGCAAUUCGAGGCAUUGGGCAGCUUGAUCAGUGUGCGGUGUGCUGUGAUUGUGGGUGGCAUGGACAUGGUGCCGCAAGCAAUCGCACUAGCCAAGAAACCACACAUCGUUGUCGCCACACCUGGAAGAUUACUGGAUCAUCUGGAGAACACGAAAGGCUUCUCUUUACGACAGCUGAAGUACCUAGUAAUGGACGAAGCAGACAGACUCCUGGACCUCGACUUCGGUCCCAUACUUGACAAGAUCUUACAAGUCCUGCCGAGAGAUCGCCGGACAAUGCUCUUCUCCGCCACAAUGAGCACGAAACUCGACAACCUCACUCGAGCCGCUUUACAGAAUCCUGUACGAGUCAGUAUAAGCAGCUCAUCAUACCAGACUGUCAAGAACCUGAAACAGCAGUAUCUCUUCAUCCCGCACAAGUUCAAGGACAUAUACUUGAUCUACUUGCUACACGAAUUCGCCGGCCAGACUUGCAUCCUCUUCACAAGAACCAUCAACGAAACACAACGACUUGCGUUCCUCCUCCGUGCCCUUGGCCGCUCGGCAAUACCACUCCACGGCCAGCUGAACCAGUCUGCUCGCCUGGGAGCUUUGAACAAGUUCCGGGCUGGUCAUCGAGAUAUCCUCGUCGCCACGGACGUCGCAGCCCGAGGUCUAGACAUCCCAUCCGUGGAUCUAGUUCUCAACUUCGACCUCCCACCUGACAGCAAGACAUACGUCCACCGGGUUGGCCGCACAGCUCGAGCAGGCAAAAGUGGUGUAGCCAUCUCGCUUGUCACGCAGUAUGAUAUUGAGCUUUAUAUGCGCAUCGAGCGAGCACUGGGCAAGAAACUGGAGGAGCAUCCGAGCGAGAAGGAUGAGGUGAUGGUGUUUGCUGAGAGGGUGGGGGAUGCGCAGAGAGUGGCGAUUACCGAGAUGAAGAACACGCAUGAGAAGCAGAAGGGUAGUGGUGGGGGGAAGGGGAAGGGUAUUGCGGGUGGGAGGGCGAAGGGCAAGAGGGAUGGCAUGGAUAGGGAGGAGGGCUGA